AUGUUAUGCAAUAGAUGUAAAGAGCAAUUAAUUAACAAAUAUUGGUGUAAAGGUUGUAGAACAAAAUAUUUCCUGGAAAGAUUCUCCACAUGGACGAGUGAAGAUGAUGAAUUAAAUCAUUUUAUUCAAGAAAGUCAAUUAAAUGCAAAAGAAGUUCAUGGAUAUUUUCGUUGGUUUAAUUAUAAUAUAUUUAAACGUAUACAAUUAAUUGGUGGUAAUGAAGGGAUUAGCGAGGUUUAUUAUGCCAUGAUCAAAUAUGAUGAAUUGGCUGAGAUGAGUCACGAUGAAUUUUUUGUGCCAAAAUAUUUCAUUGCUCCUGACUCGCAUAUUUCGGAAUUUGUUGUGUUGAAACGAAUCAUUAACUCUGGUCGUAUGGUUAAAGAGUUCAUACAUAGUGUGAGUAUUUAA